AUGAAAGUCGUUAUAGCCGAUCAAAAUCUCCAAGGUGCUGAGGAAGCCUGCAAAGAGUUCAACAAACAAGGUCAAGCAGCGUGGGCUGUUCAGGCCGAUGUUGGUGACUGGGAGUCUCAGAGGGAGGCCUUUGAGAUCGCCGUGGACAGGCUUGGCAGGGUGGAUUACGUUUUUCCCAUUGCGGGCAUAACUGAAAGACCCUGGAACACCAAGCAACCCAGUGGGUCUGGUUUUGUUAAGCCGAAUUUGGCUGUUCUGGAUGUUAAUGCCACUGGGGCGCUGUAUACUUGCUCUCUUGCGAUUCAACAGUUCAGAAACCAAGAACCUGGCAAGUAUGGUUUCCGUGGAAAGAUCAAAACUGGUAUCUCAUCUGGCGACUUCUAUGACAAGGCCGAUGCGAAGGGCCUUUUAGUCACCAUUGAAAGUCUACUGAAAGCAUUCGAGAACUUGCUGGGAGAUUGCGAAACAUCCGGUGAAGCUAUUGAGAUUUUACCUGGUGAUGAUGGGUCCAAGAUCAAGGAGCGGCCGGAGUACAGUAACGAGAAGUGCAAAAUAAGUUGUGAGAUGGUCGAGGAAAGGACAUAUAAUGCAUUCAAGGCUCUGGAGCUCAAGGCCAACUAG